CGUUCCACUCCGCGGUCCCACGUUCUGCGUUACAAUGUUACAUAAUUCACUUUUCCAUAUUCACUGCGGUUUGUUUACAUAUGCCUGUUGGUAGCUAGUGUUGAGUUCUUGGAUGCGCAGCGUACAUCCAGUCUGAUUCCCUUCUGUUAUUUUUCUCGAGUGAGACUGUGUAAUACCUAUUUCCUUAAGAGUUAAGACAUUUUACUUCCUGAUGCGCGUAUUAAUGAUGGGAGAUAUCUUUGACGAAAAUGGAGGACAACCUUGCCGCUUGCGAGCAAUUAUUGAAUAAUCUGAAACAGCGGUUCCCUAUUUCCGAUGUGCAAGAAGCUGCAGAGCUUGUGCUAUUUCUCCUCCACACCGAAGAUGAACCGAAUCUUACGAUUUUAUCUUUGUUGCUUUCUUUAACAAAAAAAGCGCUUGCCGGGCCACGAGCGGAAGCGCGAAAAGGCAGUAGUAAGCGCAUUGCGCGCUCUGAACAGUUUGUUCCUGUGGAGUGGGACACCAUCUGGAAUCUCUGGCUGGCAUUUAGGACCAUUCUCACAUCAGAUUCUGAGAAUUUCAAACGAUGGCGCACGAAGCGCACGGGAUCGGACAGUUCAACGCAGAGCAGUGCCAGCACUGGAGAAGCGGAUGUGAUCGGGAUUUACAGAUUUAUCACGAGACUAGUCACCAUAAACCAGAGUUCUGGUUCUCAUGCCAGCGGAAGCCUCAUCAAAUUCAUCGAAGCGGUGAGAGACGACCGAACACGCGGAACCAAAGGUGUGAGAAGCGACUUGGAUCUCUCAGAAAUCAAGCAGGUUGCUGUGAUAAUUGCCCAGUUGCUCGGCAUGAAAGAUGUCCAUUUGAAUCUUUCGGAAAUAAUGGUGUUCCUGGGUGUUGGUUUGCCGAACGAGAAGGGGAGCGGUUUAAUCGGGAUACCGGAAAUGGAAGAAGACUUUCUUCCUCGUGGAAGCGCCAUAAAAUCGGGUAACUUUCACAACGGCAUCCUAACCAUUAAGGAUCUAUGGAUCUAUUCCAAGGGAAGAUUCGUUCACUGUGAUCGAUUUAUGGAAUGUGCUUACUUCUGUUGUGCCCUACAGUCGAGUUACACGGACGGUGGCUUUGAUCAGCAACUGGCCAGCUUCCAACGUCUGAUACUCAGCGAUCUAUGUAUGAGCGGGAAAAUUGACAAUUAUCCGAUGGCCUUAACGAUUUAUGGCACGUUAGAAAGGUUGACUAAGGGCCCAAAUAAUGCAGAAAGCAUUCUACUACAAGCCGUGCACGCCAAUCAGCUGAUGUACGAUAACGCCUUUGUGUUUCCGUAUUGUUUUCUAAUGGAAUAUUAUCUCGCUAUGGGUAAUUUUCUCUGCGCCCUUGUGCCAGCACACUUAUCAGCCAAAGCCGCCGCUCAGUACGCAUAUCACGGUAGUCUGGACGGGAUGCUGGAAAAAGAGCUCCAUACGAUUGCUUUUAAUUUGGGCAAGGUAGUGGAUAAGACAGCCUACUUGAAACAUCCUUGUAUUGCGUCAUUAAUCUUGGCCUUUAUGGAUGAACUGUGUUUGUGGGAAGAAAAGAGUAAAGUACCGAUUUUGCACUCCCUCUGGAGCCGAGCACUGGUUAGUGGGUGUCUAAGCAAACUCGUCUCCGGAUCGUUGCAGAGAGUGGUUAUUCAUGGUAGUCGUUUUUCUUAUCCGCGAUCCCAGUCGGCAGAGGAAUCUCCAGUUCUGCCACAGUAUAUGGACCGAAUGCUGGCCAGUUUACGAAACUACCAUGGUGAGGUUGAGCGUGCGAUGGAUGGUGAGGAAAUGCCGCUUCCGGAGGGAUUGCAGGUAGACGAAGAGUUCUGCAGUUUCGCCUUGCGGAUGUACCAUAAAUGGCCACCGUUUCGGGCAUUUAAUACACGAUAUAUCGACUCAAAGAAGGAGCUGAUUAGACUUCCUGAACACACUGAGGAGAACCGGGAAAGGUAUGAAAUGAUGUUGGAGCAAUUCAAACAGUGGCCGACUCCGCCGAUGAUAUCGGAAGAUGACCUUCGGAGAAUGGAACCUAUCAGGGCGGUUAAUCCGCUCUACUUAAAGUGUCACGGUCACGUAUUACCGUUCCAGGACAUGGGCUUCGGUGACACUGCUGUUUACUGUCUGGAUUUAAAGAAAAUGGCCGAGGAGAUUAUGGUUCCUCAGUUGGGUACUGUGGAAAAUCAGAUUGUAGCCGUGCUGCAGAAGAAAUUGGCAGCUUUUCAAAGGAAACGUCAUUCAUCUGGUCUGGAGACGAAGCUGUAUAGUGAAAUCCUUCUGAAAAGUCGCAAGAUGCGAAGUAUGCGUGCCAUGUUGACGGUCGAAAAGUUUUCGGCUAAUGGUAUUCAACUGCAGCUGGAAGCCGGUGAUACAGCACCCGGGCGCGAUCGAAGGGAGCGCAAACCCACAGCACGAUAUGAUCUUUAGUUGCAUGAUGCAUGGCAGCAUGUGGUAAAAUUUAAUAAUCGUUAGUUUAUUCCUCUUUUUGAAUCAGGUUCUGAGAUCUUUUUGCACAGAAAUCUUUACCCUACUUGAUCUUUUCCUGCUUCCUUAUGAGAUGUGUAUUUAUCUUCAGUAUUUUUGUAAAAAGAAUUUUGAUGUUAGCAGCUGGAAUUUAAGAUGGCUUGCGCCUUGCUCUAACUUGUAAUGCCGUAUCUUUUGAUUUUAAUCGUGUGCUUUUAUUCUAGUACAAUACGUAUACGGUUUAUUACGCGUGACGUAAGCUUCAACCGUCAGUUCGGGACUUUUUGGUUAAAAUUUGGUAAUUUGGUAAUGUUAAAUAAAGUACUCGUAUUGAACGAGUAUGUUUUUUGAAUGGCGAUGCCAUUUUCCGUUCUUGAUCUCGUGGUCCCGUUAGAGCGUGUCAAACUCAUGUUACAGGUGCAGAACUCAGAUAUCUGUUGUAUUUUGUAUGUUACAAUGGGGUACUAAUAAACCCUGGGAAUGGGA